AUGGCAGGAAAUGACCCUGAUGAGAGGUUGGUUUACCUCGCAUGCCAGCAUAUCUUUCGUGACUCGAACUCUCAGGUGCGAAAAUUGAAGACAGUCAAAGGAUUGAUAGAACAGAACAAAACCGCAUUGGCAGAUAUUCUGCGGGAGUACAACGUCGACCGAACCAGCAACGUUGCCAAGAAGCUCUUGGAGAAUCGGGUGUUUGACUCUACACUGGAAGCCAAAAUUCGCUUCCCAGAGUUGUUCGAUGUUUCGCCUACUCAAAGCGCCGAAAGGGAAGCUUCGGAGGCGGAAGCAGCGAGAGAUGAGGCAAACACAGUUCAAAAAAUUUCCCAGAGAGAGACGACAGGAGAAGAUGCAAUUGUCCCUCGGGCUACUCAUCAACGGGAAACAGACGUGGAGACUGAAGUACAUCCUGCGAGCCUAAAUUCGGACAGAACUCCUGCAGUUCCAUCGCUCUACCCAGUGUACAUACACUACCGUGGUCAACAUGUUGUCCUGACAGCCAUUCAAAGACUUUUGGAGGAAGGUUGCUUCGAGUUCGCUCAGCAGGACUUUCCCCAAAUCUUGAAAGAACACGGCUGGGACUGUACAGAGGCUGUAGAGCUUACCCAAUGGACCAAGUUAUUUUGUCGGCAUUCCACACGGCUGAAGGAAAAUUUGACGAGGCCAUUAGAUGAGGUCAUCAGCCUCCUUCGGGAGCUGAGGCACUCGGCCGUCCACAGACUUCGAAAGACUGCAGCUGGCAUUGAGCGACUUGCCGAAAAUGCUCAGAUCUUUCUCGAAGCUCUGAAUGAUUCACUCCGAUCUGAGAAAGUUAUGCUACUCCGAAGAGAAAUCCGAUCAACAAUCGAAGAGCUCAAACGCAGCAAAGAUCUCCUAGAAGGUAGGUUGCUCGUGCAACUCAAAGAAAUACGCAUCAAAAGAAGUGAGCUGGAUAAAUGGGAGAAAGAAGCAAAAGAGACUAUGGUGUUUGAGGACCUGCAAAAUCUAAGGGGUAUAGGAGAGGGUCUCGAAAAAUUGGUUGAAGAGCUUAAUUCAAGACAUACAGCAGACCCAAAAGAGCCAAUAGAAGGCAAGGGAAAAGAAAAAAUGAUGACUGUAUACCAAGAAUCACUGGACUCGGAAGAAGAGUUCCUUGGGGCUGUUGUGCAAGGAAAUAGCUCUGAGACUGAUUGA